AUGGAGGUCCUGACACCUGUCCUGGGCCUGCUUCCGACGCAGACCCCUCGUGAUGCGAGUGGUCAGAAUCACCUCUGCCCUACCCGCACCCACAAGUCCCGCCCCAGCCCUGCCCCUCGCACCUGCCCUCUGCAGAAGAACGAGUACCUGCUCACAGUGGUGGCGGAGGAGAGGGACGCGCUACUGCUCGGCCUGCGGUACUCGUCCACCCAGCUGCACUUCCUGUUCCUCAGCGAGGACGCAGCCGGCGUCUGGCAGACCCGCGUGUCCUUUCGCAGCCCUGGCCUCAUGGACAGCCAGUGGCACACGCUGGUCCUGGCGGUGUCCGAAGGAUCCUUUUCCCUCGUCGUGGACUGUGGCCUCCCCGUGGACAUAAUGGCUGACGUGCCCUUCCCAGCCGCCCUGUCCAUACGCGGAGCCCGGUUCUUCGUUGGCAGCCGGAGGAGAACCAAAGGCUUGUUCACGGGUCUAGUGAGGCAGCUGGUCCUGCUGCCCGGCUCGGAUGCCACCCAGAGGCUGUGUCCCAGCAAGAACGCCCAGCUGGCUGAGCUGUCCGUCCCACAGGUGCUGCAGGGGAAGCCCGAUGACAAGGAGGUGCUCAAAUGUCCCCACGAAGCAGACAUGAAGGUGACGCUGGGGUCCCGGCCUCUGUGCACCAAGGCGCAGGAAGCCAAGUUCUGGUUCAACGCGGCCAGGAAGGAGCUGCACCUGUGUGUCGGCGGCCAGUGGGUCUCUGUGUUGGCAGGCAGAGCCACGCUGGACUACCUGGAGGAGCACCAGCGCCUGCCCACCGGCUCAGAGACGCUGGGGCUGGAGGUCUUCGGCAUCCCUGGGGUGGGGCUCUUUGUGGCCGCAGCCCACCGGAAAGCCACGUCCGCCAUCUACAAAUGGACGGACGGGAAGUUCGUCUCCUACCAGAGCAUCCGCACGCACCAAGCACAGUCCUGGAGGCACUUCACCAUCGGGAGAAAGAUCUUCCUGGCUGUGGCUAACUUUGGGCCAGAUGAAAAGGGUCAAGAGUUCUCGGUCAUUUACAAAUGGAGCCACAGAAAGCUGAAGUUCACCCCUUACCAGAGGAUUGCCACCCACAGCGCCCGGGACUGGGAGGCCUUCGAGGUGGACGGGGAACACUUCCUGGCAGUGGCCAACCACCGGGAAGGCAACAACCACAACAUCGACAGCGUCAUCUACAAGUGGAGCCCCCGCGCCCGGCUCUUCGAGGCCAACCAGACCAUCGCCACGUCGGGCGCCUACGACUGGGAGUUCUUCAGGGUGGGGCCCUACUCCUUCCUGGUGGUGGCCAACACCUUCAACGGCACCUCCACCAGGGUGCACUCCCACCUGUACAUCUGGCUGCUCGGCUCCUUCCGGCUCUUCCAGUCCUUCCUGACCUUCGGGGCUGCCGACUGGGAAGUCUUCCGCAUCCGGGACAGGGUCUUCCUGGCCGUUGCCAACAGCCACAGCUACGACGUGGAGACGCAGCCGCGAAAUGACUCCUACACCAUCAACUCCGUCAUCUACGAGCUGAACGUCACCGCACAGGCCUUCGUCAAGUUCCAGGACGUCCCCACCUGCAGCGCCCUGGACUGGGAGUUCUUCUCGGUGGGGGAGGAUCACUUCCUGGUGGUCGCCAACUCCUUCGAUGGAGACUCCUUCUCCGUGAACAGUAUUGUCUACAGGUGGCAGGGCUACGAGGGCUUCGUGGCUGUGCACAGCCUUCCCACCUUCGGCUGCCGGGACUGGGAGGCCUUCGACACCACGGCGGGCUCCUACCUCAUCUACUCCAGCGCCAAGGAGCCCCUCUCCAGGGUCCUGAGGCUGAGAACCAGCUGACCAGUGGGCGUGCAGAGCGGAGGUGGGCAGCCAGGCAGCUGGGCCUGGUGGCCGGCAAGACGUGGCCCUUCCUCGGUCCCCUUGGAGCACGGCUCUCCACCCUGGCCGGCAAGACGUGGCCCUUCCUCGGUCCCCUUGG